AUGAGUCUCCAGGAAGGUCCGCGGAAAAAGCGAUUGAAGACGGGCAUUACUCGUGUUCGUACUGGCUGCUACACAUGUCGACAGCGGAAAGUCAAGUGCGAUGAAGGAAAGCCAGGAUGUCAAACCUGUGGCCAGCUGGGUCUUUGCUGCGAGGGCUAUGCACCACGGUAUAAGUUCGCUGAUCCCAAGACCUUCGAGACAAUCCAGUGGGCGACAACGGUGCUGCCGGAGACAGGUUCUCCGCCUCAACAACCACCGUCCCCCACAUUACUUAGAGAUGCCGGUCAGUCAGCAUGUUCAGCAAGCUCAGGAUCGGCCGUGGGCUCCGACAAUGCCAUUUAUUUCCCGGUUGCAUCAAUACUCGGGACAAUGGAACACAACAAGUCAGCGUUGAUUGGCGAAUCAUCCUCAUCAGCGCCUCAAGUCCAGUUAGAUGCCAACGUUCCGGCACAGUUUUCCCCUUUCAAUGACGUUUUUCUCGACACAUUUGAUAACUCGGGGUUUGUGCAUCAUUCCGAAUCGAACUUCGCUGUUCAACGGUCGGGUCGUUCACCCAGCAGGAUGAACUUGUUUCCAACUCAUUUAGCGACCCCAAGCGAAUGUGCGGACAGUCUUCAGAUUCCAGCUCAUAGAAGCCGAAAGUCCUGCUAUAUACCACAGAAGGAACACCAGUAUCAGAGUUUACAAUACUACAACAAAGGUAUACAAGGCAUUGGGAAGUCAUUCGAAGUUACGCAGUCGAAUCCCCUUCACGUCCUAGCAGCGCUGCUUCUAUCCUAUUACUUUGAACUAGAUUCUGGAUCCUUUACUGGCGGCAUCGGGCACAUGACUGUUAUUGACAAGUUCUUGGCCGCUAACCACGAGGAAAUCAAGACCAAUCCUACCGGACAAAAGCUAUUAUGCACUUGGAUGAAUCUCCGUUCCCAGUUUGUGAAUCGGUACCUAGGGGGAUACAGGUCAUCAGAGCUUGCUCACACCAUCGACACGUUCCCACUAAACCGAAUGAUAGAAAACGGGGGUUCACAUCACGACUCCAUCAUGAUCAUGAUGUGUGACUGUAAAUUACUAAGUCGAAAGAUUAUCCUCGACUGGUGUGUCGCGCGAGGAGACUAUUACGGCCCCAACAACAAGGCUCCGUUAGACCAUGUCCUUACGCAGAUGUCACUUCCCAAAUCACGGCAAGAGUCAGUAUCCCAACUAGACAGCAUCGACGAAUCGUAUCGAGAUUCGCUAGCAAAGCAACGUACAAGAUUAGAUAAGUGGCAUUCUGACCUUGAUCUAUCCGAGCUUCCUAUAGACAGCUACGUAUCACAGCACAAGGACCUUCUCAGACAGUCAACCACCGAACUUGACAUACUCCCUCUUAAAUUUCAUUCCUUCGAGAUCGCGAUGAACUAUGCGUACUAUGCACAUGCUCAAAUGCUAUGUUCUGAGGAUGUGGUAGAUCGACUAGAACAGACAUUCGUUGAACCCGCCUUCACGCGCAGAGAUUAUCCAUGGGCAGAGCUUAUUUUGCGUAUCACUCACGGCCUUGAUAUUUCAGACUGUAUCUACAAGAGCACAUUCAACACCGGUAUAUUGACUAUUCUCACGGCGUGCAUGGCUGUUUGUCCGCGUGCAGAUGUGGCGUCGUGGAUUGAGAACUGGAUACGGAAGGUCGAAGAUUACGGGAUCCCACUAGAAAGCGGAUUGCCGUUCGGAAUAAUAAAAAGGGUGAUCCGUUUUAUAUUGGACCAGAGGAAAAAGAGACGUCAUGUGCUGCUUAUCAUGCCCUUGGAUAUCGAAGAUGCAGAGAAGUCUGAUCUCUAUCAAAGUGAUUUCAAGAUGCAAGUUAUCGCCUGCGGAAAGAAUAUGGAUACGGGAAAGCUAUACAACGAGAUGGCUGAGAUACCCGAAAUGUGA